UGUGUUGUAUUGAACCCAUCAAAAAUGAUAAUCUAAUUAAAGUCACUCUGAAGACACAAUACAAGUUAAUUGUAGUUACCCCCCCCCCCCCCCCAACACACACACACACACCCCCAGCUGUUCACGCCUUUUUUCGGUGGAGUGCAUAAAAAGUCUGAAGUGCAUGAGGAGGCCAGCUCGUAAGAGGAAACUGCAGAGGAUGGCGCUCGGCAACAGAACACAAUGAAGACUUGCUGCUGACUUUUAAAUUGUGACCUUUAGUGAGAGUCAUUUUAUUUAAAUCUUCUACAAGGACGACAAGGAACCCAGGAGAAUCUAACCUUGAGUAAGUGGACUUAUCAGCACCUUUUUGGACCUUGCACCCUCCACUCUUACCUCCGGCACGGGUUUGAUCACAUGCAAAGACAAUCUACUGUCCUGUUCCUGUCCAUGUGCUGCUGCUGAGACGCUUUGGUUAAGAUGGCAGGAUAUAGCCCCAGAUAGCCGGACACGUACAACAACAACAACGUAUUCAGGCUGAAAUCCGAACAGGAAUUUGACUUUGUCCUGCUAAGAAGAACAUCAACAUAAACAAUGACGUCCUUCAGUCCGCUUUCCACACAAGAGGCCGCUAAUGGUAGCCUCCCAUCCAUCAAGAAGGAAAAGUCCGAGGAGUCCAUGAAGCUGAAGAAGGAGAUCUCCCUCCUGAACGGAGUGUGCUUGAUCGUGGGUAACAUGAUCGGCUCGGGAAUCUUCGUGUCACCCAAGGGCGUCCUCAUUCACAGCGCCUCCUACGGGUUAUCCCUGGUGGUGUGGACUGUCGGUGGCAUCUUCUCCGUUUUCGGUGCGCUGUGCUACGCCGAGCUGGGGACCACCAUCACCAAGUCAGGUGCAUCCUACGCGUACAUCCUGGAGGCCUUCGGGGGCUUCCUGGCCUUCAUCCGUCUGUGGACUUCACUGCUCAUUAUUGAACCCACCAGCCAAGCCGUUAUUGCGAUCACCUUCUCCAACUACAUGGUGCAGCCCAUCUUCCCCACGUGCAUCGCGCCGUACGUGGCCAACAGGCUGCUGGCCGCCGCCUGCAUAUGUUUGCUGACCUUUGUCAACUGUGCCUACGUGAAAUGGGGCACAAGGGUGCAGGACUUCUUCACCUACGCCAAAGUCAUCGCGCUCAUUGCGGUCAUCAUCACCGGCCUCGUUAAGAUCGCUCAAGGUCACACACAGAACUUUGAGGGUCUCUUUGAUGGAUCAUCUAAGGACCCCGGAGGUAUUGCUUUGGCACUCUACUCGGCUUUGUUCUCCUACUCCGGGUGGGACACACUUAAUUUCGUCACAGAGGAGAUCAAGAACCCUGAAAGGAACCUGCCACUGGCCAUCGCCAUUUCCAUGCCCAUUGUGACGAUAAUCUAUAUUUUAACCAAUGUGGCCUACUACACCAUCCUGCCUAUGAACGCCAUCUUAGACAGCGAUGCCGUGGCUGUGACAUUUGCAGAUCAAGUGUUCGGCGUAAUGAACUGGACAAUUCCCUUAGCGGUGGCUCUGUCCUGUUUCGGUGGACUCAAUGCCUCCAUCUUGGCGUCCUCCAGGCUCUUCUUUGUGGGCUCCAGAGAAGGACACCUUCCAGACUACCUGUGCAUGAUCCAUGUGCACCGCUACACCCCUAUUCCCGCCCUGCUCUUCAACGGCAUCAUGGCGCUAAUCUACCUGUGUGUGGAGGACGUCUUCAGGCUCAUCAACUACUACAGUUUCAGCUACUGGUUCUUUGUGGGUUUGUCCAUUCUGGGACAACUCUACCUGCGAUGGAAGCAGCCCAACAGGAAGAGACCACUGAAGCUUAGCCUGGUAUACCCCAUCAUCUUCUGCCUCCUCACCAUCUUCCUGGUGGUGGUGCCACUUUACAGUGACACUAUCAACUCCUUGAUUGGCAUCGGCAUCGCUUUGUCCGGGGUGCCGGUUUACUUCCUGUGCUGCUACACUCCGGCCCACAAGAGGCCCAUGUGGUUACGGAGCUUCAUCGCCAAGUCUGGCGUCUUCAUUCAGAAGGUGUGCUUCUCUGUUUUAACGGAAAUGGACGUGGAACAUGAUGACUAGAGCCUCAGGCUGGACCACAACUCAUUGAGGGUGCUGAAGCUUCUCACUAGACCUACGCUGGGUUUGAACAUGACCUGGGAAUAUUUCAAUCAUUACUCUGGUCAAAGUGUUUUGAUGUUUUUUUUUUUUUACUCAACCUUUUAAUGCACUGCAAAACCAACUUUUCUUCUCUCCAGAAGUGUAUGUAUUUGAUAACUAUUUAAUUGCUAUUUUAAGUGGCUUCACAUCUUUUUAAUUUUCCCAGGAGGAAAAAAUAUUAUUAUGAUCGGCGAGUUCUUCCAGUGGAAACAGAAAGCACUGCUGGCCACAGUUUUAUUCCCAACAAGCAGUAAAUAGAUUUAGUUCAUAGUCAGUCCCACAAGGGGUUAUUUUUGUUUCUUUAGUGUCUCUCCAAGAAAAAAAAAACAAGAGUUUAUUAUUUAUAAUAAAAUGAUACG